UUGGAAGAACAUCGGAAGUGAGUGACUAGCCACAAACUUGACUGCUUCACACAAUGGCACUGGCAGAUGUACUCCAUGGUGAUUCAAUACAUUUUCAAAGGCCACAUGGGCUAAGCUGGAGUUCAGGUGAAAAUCACCUUGGCUUUAGGUCGGAGUUUGGAGAUGGCAACAAUUUUGCAAUUAAAGCGUCUCUUAACGGCGGUUGUGACGAUGGACUGGAGAAGAAGAUAGAAUUUCUUCAUGGGACCACCACUUUAGCAUUCAAAUUCCAGCAUGGUGUCAUAGUAGCGGUGGAUUCUCGUGCGACAGCUGGCGCCUACAUCGCUUCACAAACUGUGAAGAAGGUGAUUGAGAUUAACCCAUACCUGUUGGGCACCAUGGCCGGUGGAGCCGCCGACUGCAGCUUUUGGGAGCGUCUGCUAGCCAAGCAGUGCCGCGUUUACGAGCUGCGCAACAAGGAGCGCAUCUCAGUGGCUGCAGCCUCCAAGUUGCUUGCCAACAUGGUGUACCAGUACAAAGGCAUGGGACUCAGCAUGGGCACAAUGGUGGCGGGAUGGGACAAGACAGGACCAGGUCUCUACUAUGUGGACUCCGAGGGGAACCGUGUGUGUGGUGACCUGUUUUCCGUGGGUUCUGGCUCCAUGUAUGCCUACGGGACCCUGGACAGCGGCCUGCGCAAUGACCUGACCGUAGAGGAGGCCUGUGAGCUGGCCCGUAGAGCGAUCUACCAGGCCACCUAUCGAGAUGCCUACAGCGGAGGCCAAGUCAAUCUGUACCACGUUCACAGUGAAGGCUGGACCCGGGUGUCUCAGGAUGAUGUGCUGAAGCUGCACCAGCAGUACGCUGAGAAGAAGGCAUAGAUGCUGGACCGGCAAGACAGAAGAUGAUACCUCUGAUAAUAAAUGGCCAAUCUCCUCAUUGCCCUAAAGGCAUUGGUUGUUUUUGUUAUGUUUCAUUACCGUAUUAAUGGUUUUGUAUGAUGAUAAGAUGUUUGGAAAUAAAUGCUUUUGUUCUGAGCUCA